GAUUUGGACAUUUUAUGUCUCAUCGACGUUUUAGGGAUGUUAUCAAGUUUUUAACAUUAACAGAUGAACCAAUGGAUAAUAAUGAUCCUUUUUGUCUUCUUCGACAAUUUCAUAAUGCAUUUAAUAAAAACCUUUCUGAAGCUAUUAUACCCGGACCAUUUCAGCGAAAGAUACCAAGAAAACCCCAUCCAAUUGGCUGCGAAUUUAAAGCUGUUGCUGAUACCCGAACUAAUUUGUUUUUACAAUUAGAUCCUGUAGAGCCCCCCAUAUAUGCUAAUAAAAAAAAAUUUUCCGAUCAGUAUUCCCCAACAAUCGCAACUAUGUUAAGACUAACCGAGCCAUGGUUUAAUAGUGGCAGAACGAUUAUAGCAGAUUCUUGGUUUGGCACUGUGGCUGCUUGUGUUACUUUGUAUAAGCAUGGAUUUUAUUCAAUUUUGCAAUUGAAAAAACGACAGUAUUGGCCAAAAAACAUUCCUCGUGAUAUUACGGAUACACUUGGAAAUGGUGUUGAACUUGCUGUAUGCUCGAUUCGUGAUCGAAAAAAUAUUGUGCUUCUUUCUUCUUGUUCUACAACGAUCCUUAAAAGUGAAGUAAAUAG